AUGCGCUCCCCGUACUUCCCGGCGCGGUCGGUCCUGUUCCGGAAGGAGGCCAACGGCGUGACGUACCGCGUGCCGGCGCUGCUCUUCCUGCCGCGCUCCAACUCCUUCCUGGCGUUCUGCGAGGAGCGGCUCAGCCCCUCCGACUCCGAGGCCCACCUGCUGGUCCUGAGGCGGGGCACCUUCUACCGCAACUACGUGGAGUGGGAGGAGCUCCGCGUGCUGGGCACCGCCCACCUCCCUGGCCACCGCUCCAUGAACCCGUGCCCGGUGUACGACGAGUUCACGGGCACGCUGUUCCUGCUCUUCAUCGCGGUGCUGGGCCACGUCUCCGAGUCCUUCCAGCUGGUCUCCGGGAAGAACGUGACGCGCCUCUGCUGCGUCUCCAGCACCGACGGGGGGGCCACCUGGGGGCCCGCCAGCGACCUCACCCAGGCCGUCAUCGGGGACACCAUCAACGAGUGGGCCACCUUCGCCCUGGGCCCCGGCCACGGCAUCCAGCUGAAGUCGGGCCGGCUGCUGGUCCCGGCCUACGCCUACCAGAUCGACUGCCGCCGCUGCCUCAGCCAGCUCUGCCAGACCACGCCGCGCUCCUUCUGUUUCCAUAGCGACACGCACGGCAGCUCGUGGCGCCUGGGGGAGGCGGUGCCGGGCCCCGACAGCGUGGAGUGCCAGGUGGUGUCGGUGGACGCCGAGGACGGCGGCAGCCUGCUGUACUGCAACGCCCGGAGCCCGCUGGGCUGCCGCGUGCAGGCGCUCAGCCUGGACCGCGGCGCCGCCUUCCAGCCCGGCCAGCUGGUGCCGCGGCUGGUGGAGCCGCGCAACGGUUGCCACGGCAGCGUCGUGGGGUUCCCCGCCCCCGUCCACCUCUGUCGGCCCCCCGGCGGGAGCCCCGCCCCCCCUCCGCGCCCAUCCCGGUCCCGACACUGGACGUCCUGCUCGUUGCGACCGGCGGACCGCAGCCGGUCUGCGUCUGCUGCACCCCACGCCACACAGGCCCCGCCCCCCAACGCCACACAGGCCCCGCCCCCCCUCAACGCCACAGGGGAGCCCGGCCAGUCCCCCGGGAACUUCCUGCCCCCCACCUGGGUGGUGUACUCCCACCCCACCUGGCCCGACGCCCGCAGGGACCUGGGGGUGUACCUCAGCCCCUUCCCCCGGGACCCCGACAGCUGGGCGGGCCCCUGGGUCAUCUACGAGGGCCCCAGCGCCUACUCGGACCUAGCCUACCUGGAGCUGGCCCCCCCCCCGGGGCCCCCCUCCCCCGCGGCCCCCCCCGCCGUGGCCUUCGCCUGCCUCUUCGAGAGCGGCACGCGGACGGCCUACGACGAGAUCUCCUUCUGCCUCUUCACGCUGUACGAGCUCAUCGACCACCUCCCGGAAGAUAAGCUAUUGACAUCUGAGUGA